AUGCACCCAGUCACCCUCACCUUCAUAAUAGCCGGACUCCUCACCUUCAUCAUAGCCGGACUCCUACUAGAAACCUACAUCCUCUUCGCACUAACACACGCCGGGCUGCAGCGCCACGACAGCCGCGUGUAUAGGAGCAGGGUGGGAGAUGCAUUGAGAUUGGAGGGGAGGUAA